AUGGCGCUGUCCACUCCAGCAGAUGGAAUCUUAAGAACAAGAUUGUCUUGGAAUGAUCUUCAGGACAGCUUGUUCGAAGCGUUUGGAAAGGAUGCAAAGCUCGGGCCAAAGAAAGAAGUUGAAGACAUUGGGUUGAGUAGUAUCCCUUCAUUACUUUCGCUUGUUGAAAGUAUGGGAGGUCUUGGAGAGAGUGCGGCUGUGGCUGAAUUUCCCAGAGAAGAGUUUUGUAGACAUCUAGAGUCAACAGUUAAAAAGAUACACAAUAACGAAGUCACUUUCUUUCGUCUACUAAAGAAGUACAAUGUGUCAAAAGUUGCUCGACCAGAGGUAUAUUACAUGCGAGAAUUCUCGGAAGAGAAUCCGUCAAAGGCAUUUAUUGUCAUGGAAUACAUAACUGGCAAUCUUUCCCUUCAUAUAUUUGAUAACGUCACUCCAGACGAUAUUCUUCAGGUGCUCAGAACUAUUGCGGCACUACAAGCUGCAUCUCUAAAGUUUACUGACGAAGAUAAAGGAUUAUUUUUGAAGGACAUAUUCAAAGUAGUGUUUGGGCAAGCAUUUACAAAAGAGAAUGUAACUUCUUCCCUCGGUCUCGUGAGACAGUUUUUAAGUGAUCGACUUGAAAAAAGCAUUGAUCAAGUUGAAAGCAUUGCUAUGGAGGUCAUUAACCUUGAUUUUGCUGACAACCUGUCGGAUACAAUCGGGAUGAAACGCGUUUUAUGUCAUGGCGAUGUUUGGAGCACUAAUAUAAUCUGGAAAAAUGGAGAGAAAAAUGUGAAACUUGCAGCCUUAGUUGACUUUCAGACUUCUCACUUCGGCUGCCCUGCAACUGAUAUUGUUCGACUUUUAAGCGCAUGUCUAAGUGCAAAGGAUCGCCGGGAAAAUUGGGAGGAUCUCUUAGGAAAAUUCUACUGCUUUCUUAAGGAGGAAGUUGGGAACCACGAGAUGCCCUACACUUUGGAACAACUGAUUCAAGCCUACCGUCGUUUCUUCCCAUUUGGUGCCUUUAUGGUCUUUCCAAUGAUUGCUCCAAUGUUUCAGUUGGCAAAUAAAAGUGAUGACACUGAAUACAAAGAAAGGGUACAAAAGUUGAUAUUCGAGAAGACCGAAGGAUUGUUAGAGGAUUUAGUCAAAUUCCACGAAGAAGACAAAAAUGAAGCGGAUCAUGGAGAGAAUAAGAAAAUAAUAGAAUAG